CCCGGGCGGCAUCCCGCGCGGCCAAGCCGGGGACAGCGCGAGCCGCAGCCCGAGCAGGAGCGCUGAGACGCGCCUCCGGAACGUAGAGUAACAAUCACAACCCCACAUUCCAGGCGAGCGCGAGCGGGAAGGGAUGCGACCCGGGUGGAGGCGCCGAGCGAGCGCCCUGCAGCCAACGUGAGCGCCGCCAGCCUGUGGCCGGAGAGCCGGCCAGGCCAGGGGGGGCGGUGGGAGCCUGCGUGCGUGCGCUCUUCUCCUCUGCUCUCGUGUGUCUUGGAAACGGUGGCCGGUGGCCGCGGCUGCUCCCUCCGGCGUGCAAACCCAGGCGCCGCCAGCGCAACGGCCGACGCUGCGGAGGGGAAACUCUCCUCUUGGCAGCCACCUCCUCACCCGGCCUUCCCGGGGAAUCAGCGGCUUCAGCAAGAUUGGACCUGGGCACCGGGUGGCACAACCCUCUAACCUUACUCUCCCCGGGGCGCCUGGCGUAGAGAGGACUCAGAUCGUAGGGGGACCCCCCCGCUUCACGCUUCCACGCUUCAAUCACUCCGGGGAGGGGGCCAAGAGGCCACUGGCGGCCGGCCCCGGACACCCUAGCCCCCUCCCCCCAGGCCCGGAGCUUCCAGCCCUGAUCCGUCGCACCAGGAAGAAGGCUCCAGGUGCUCUUCUCCGGACCAGACAGCCACAGUAGGAGGUGGGAGCGAGAAGCGUGCAGAACCCGUCGGCCACCCGGACGGUGGAUCCCCCGCAGAGAGGCGCUGAACCAGCAGUGGAGACUCGCUCUCCAUCCAGCCCCUGGGGCAGAACUUUCUCGCCCUCCCCGCCCCCUCCCCCGCAGCCGGACUCCUUCCCCAGCCAGUCAGUCCUCCCGGUGGAGAAGGCGCCACAGAGACAGCCCGGGAGGGGGCCUACCUUCCCCGAGGCUGGCAUCAUGUCGGCGGCGCAGGUGUCCUCGUCCCGAAGACAGUCUUGCUACCUGUGCGACCUGCCUCGCAUGCCCUGGGCCAUGAUCUGGGACUUCUCCGAACCUGUCUGCCGUGGUUGCGUCAAUUACGAAGGCGCCGAUCGCAUAGAAUUUGUGAUCGAGACAGCCCGCCAGCUGAAGCGGGCUCACGGCUGCUUCCAAGACGGCCGCUCCCCCGGGCCGCCGCCGCCCGUUGGGGUCAAGACAGUGGCCUUGUCCGCCAAGGAAGCGGCGGCAGCAGCUGCCGCCGCGCAACAACAACAACAGCAGCAGCAGCAACAGCAGCAGCAGCAGCAGCUCAACCACGUCGAUGGUUCUACCAAGCCUGCGGUGUUGGCCGCCCCGUCUGGCCUGGAACGCUAUGGCCUGAGCGCAGCGGCUGCUGCCGCUGCCGCCGCCGCGGUGGAACAACGUAGCCGUUUCGAGUAUCCGCCGCCCCCGGUGAGUCUGGGGAGCAGCAGCCACGCCGCCCGGCUGCCCAACGGCCUGGGAGGUCCUAACGGCUUCCCUAAGCCCACACCAGAGGAGGGCCCCCCGGAGCUGAACCGCCAGAGCCCCAACUCAUCCUCAGCGGCAACAUCGGUGGCUUCUCGGCGUGGGACACAUAGUGGGCUGGUGACCGGGCUGCCCAACCCCGGGGGUGGCGGGGGACCCCAGCUCACCGUGCCCCCAAACCUAUUGCCGCAGACGCUGCUUAACGGCCCGGCCAGCGCCGCGGUUCUGCCACCGCCCCACGGCUUGGGGAGCAGCCGCGGGCCCCCGACUCCAGCGCCUCCUGGUGCUCCCGGGGGGCCCGCCUGUCUCGGGGCUGCCCCAGGCGUGUCGGCCACUGUAUCUUCCGCGCCGUCUUCGACCUCUUCGACUGUGGCAGAGGUGGGCGUGGGUGCUGGUGGCAAGAGGCCUGGUUCCGUGUCGAGUACGGACCAGGAACGUGAGCUGAAGGAGAAGCAGCGCAACGCUGAGGCCUUGGCCGAGCUGAGCGAGAGCCUGCGCAACCGUGCGGAGGAGUGGGCCAACAAGCCCAAGAUGGUCCGUGACACACUGCUCACGCUGGCUGGCUGCACGCCCUACGAGGUGCGCUUCAAGAAGGACCACUCUUUACUGGGUCGUGUCUUUGCCUUCGACGCUGUCUCCAAGCCCGGCAUGGACUACGAGCUGAAGCUGUUCAUUGAGUAUCCCACGGGCUCCGGCAACGUGUACUCCAGCGCGUCCGGGGUGGCCAAACAGAUGUACCAGGAUUGCAUGAAAGACUUUGGCCGUGGUCUGUCCUCUGGCUUCAAAUACCUGGAGUACGAGAAGAAGCAUGGUUCAGGUGACUGGCGCCUACUUGGGGACCUGCUGCCCGAGGCUGUACGCUUCUUCAAGGAGGGCGUGCCCGGCGCAGACAUGCUGCCCCAGCCCUAUCUAGAUGCCAGCUGUCCCAUGUUACCCACUGCGUUGGUGAGUCUCAGCCGCGCCCCCAGUGCACCUCCAGGAACUGGAGCCUUGCCACCAGCGGCGCCCACGGGUCGGGGUGCAGCCUCCAGCCUGCGCAAAAGGAAGGCAUCCCCGGAGCCUCCGGACUCAGCUGAAGGUGCACUGAAGCUCGGCGAGGAGCAGCAGAGGCAGCAGUGGAUGGCAAACCAGAGCGAGGCGCUGAAGCUCACUAUGUCCGCGGGGGGCUUUGCGGCGCCAGGGCACGCAGCAGGGGGACCGCCCCCACCCCCUCCACCUCUGGGACCUCAUUCCAAUCGGACCACCCCGCCAGAGUCAGCCCCCCAGAACGGUCCGUCCCCCAUGGCCGCGCUCAUGUCAGUGGCAGACACUCUGGGCACAGCGCAUUCGCCGAAGGACGGCAGUUCAGUGCACUCUACCACUGCAUCCGCUAGGCGAAACAGCAGCAGCCCGGUGUCACCCGCCUCCGUGCCAGGGCAGCGUCGCCUGGCAUCACGCAAUGGGGACCUGAAUUUACAGGUGGCACCCCCGCCGCCUAGCGCCCACCCAGGCAUGGACCAAGUGCACCCCCAAAACAUUCCGGAUUCCCCUAUGGCCAACAGCGGACCCCUCUGCUGUACCAUUUGCCACGAACGUUUGGAGGACACUCAUUUCGUUCAGUGCCCGUCUGUCCCUAGCCACAAAUUUUGUUUCCCUUGUUCUAGAGAGAGUAUCAAAGCCCAGGGGGCUACAGGUGAGGUGUAUUGCCCCAGCGGAGAGAAAUGCCCCCUAGUCGGGUCUAAUGUACCUUGGGCCUUCAUGCAGGGCGAAAUCGCAACUAUCUUAGCUGGGGAUGUUAAAGUGAAAAAAGAGAGAGACCCUUGAACCGCAGGGCAGCGACCUCUUUUACCCUAGACCACCUCCUCUUCAAUCUGGAGGGCCCUCCCCCCCACCUGCCUCCAUUUCCCUUCCCACCAAGAUGUAGAAUUGUGAAUAUAACUGCAAAAAGUUAGUCUUAUGUAUAGACAUUAUUUUCGUCGUAUGUUUCUAUAUUUUGAAACAGGUAUGUAACUUCUUCAUUUGAAGGAUAAGCUGGUUGUGUUAAGCAGUAUAAUAUUGAUUGGGUCAUUUGCAUCAUAUUCGUUAGCAUUUAUUUGGUGGCAGAAUGUUUGCCUAGGUACAGCAUUAAUAGCCCUUAGCAACAACUGCUGCUGGUGUGUAUUUUUGUAAAUGUUAUGCACUCUGAAAGGAAAAACACACAAAAGAAAAAGAUUUUUUUGUUGUUUUUGUUUUGCCAAGGCCAGUGUUGCUGCCUAAAAAAAAAAAAAAGAAAAGAAAAAAGAAAAAAAAUCAAUGCUAUAAAAUGGUGAAAGCUUCUCUCUAAACAGCCCCAAGUGUUGAAGUCUUCACUUCAUUUUGUUCUGUUCUGUUUGUUUUCCUGUUUUGUUUGCAAAAUAGUAAGGGGGGUGUUGGGAGGGGAUGGGUGUUUUUUUGUUGCAAGUUUGUGAGGGGGAAAAUGUUUCGGUUUGUUUCUCCUGACCUGAAUGUGUUGGAUCUUCACGUGUCGUUUUGUUUUGGCUUUAUUGAUGCACGGAUGCUUUUGAACCGUAGAGCGAAAAACUAGACAUGGAGAACUUGCUCUGUUUGUCCUUUAUACAUUUCUGUAGUUAACAGAACACUGUAAUGUGCCUUGGAGCUUAGUAACUUGUAAUAAAUUCAAUUGAUAAUUAA